AUGGCGGGUUCCCCAGCACGAGAAGCCUCUGAACGGCAGUCUCGCAAGCGGCGGGGAUCUCACAUUACCCCCGACAAGAAGAAGAAGGCAAUUUCCUCCAGCCAGUCUCCUUCUCGUGCUGAGAAUAGCACCACCAAGCCAGUCCCCAUGGCUCCACCUGUUGUCAAAGCCACUACCAGCACUGCCCCUUCGACUGGCAAGGGACCUUCCAACACCAAGGACAAGACCAAGGGUCUUUCCGGUGACGAGAUUACCAAGCCGAAGAGUACCAAGCCCGACUUGAUUGCUAAGGCUUCCAAGGCCAAGUCUGGCAAGCUUCCAGGCAAGGAAAAGAAUCUUGAGGACGGCGAGAGGGCCACUACCAAGAAGGACGACAGCAAGGAGAAGAAGCCCGAUCUCAAGGGUAACAAGCUUGAGAAGAAGGACGACAGCAAGGACAAGUCCAUCAAAGACCCUGAAAUCCCGAAGGUUAACCAAGGUGUCAAGCUUCCCGACCUCGUGAAGCCCGCACCCUCCGACUCCGAGAGUUCCAGUGAGGAGGAUUAUGAGGACUCUGAAGAUUCCGACAGUAUGGAUGACUCGGCUGACUCGGAUGAUUCCGAUGAAUCCAGCGAGACCAGCGAGUCCGAACUGGCGGCCUCCGACAUCGAUAAUUUCGACGAAGAUCUUUACAAUUUCUUUGCACUCCAAUACACGGAUCUGCGGGACUUGAGCCCUGAGCGCCUGGAAAUGGAGAAGGCGAAGACCCUUCGUCGCGUGCAAGCCUUCGUCGACAAUACAAAGGAUAAGCACUACCAUGAUAUCAAGCUGGAGACCCUGAUCGGUCCUGGCAACUACAUCCGCUGGGUUGUUGGCCUGGAGGUGCUCCUCCGCAUGCACCAGGUCUGGGGCGUCGUUGGUGACCUCGACGUUCCCCUGGACAAGGACCACGAGAUGUACCCGUGGUAUGAUCACAUGGUCAACACGGCCGUCUCUCUCAUCUACGCCCAUGUCUCGAAGAAGAUUCGCUCCCACCCUUGCUUUAUCCGGGGUGUUAUGCAACGCAGCCCUGGAGCCAUGAUGCAGCAUAUCUGGGCUCAUUUCGGCAGCCCGGAUGCGGCUCAGUACGACCACUAG